CGACAAGACCAUCCGGCAGGGUGCUCUUCGACAAGCUCCUCUGAACGAUCUUUCUGUAAUCUCUCACAUAAGAGUUUCCAAGCUGUAUCGGCCCCUGUGCGAUUCGCAAAUUCAAGGCACAACGGCUCCUCGAGCCACACCGCAACCAUGAGGAUUGAAACAUGCCAUCUCUGCUCCCGUCCGGUCUACCCAUCUAAAGGAAUCACCUUCGUCCGUAAUGACGCCAAAGUCUUCCGCUUCUGCCGUUCCAAAUGCCACAAGAACUUCAAAAUGAAGCGUCAACCACGCAAACUCAAAUGGACAAAGACCUCCCGCGCCCUCCGCGGCAAGGAAAUGAUCGUGGACCAGAACUUGCUUCUCUCGCAGUUCGCCAAGCGUCGCAACGCCCCCGUUAAAUAUGACCGUAACCUAGUCGCCGCGACAAUGAAGGCUAUGGAACGCAUCGAAGAGAUCCGAGCACGGAGAGAACGUGUCUACACACGCCGGAGACUCAGCGGGAAGGCACAGCGCGAGGCCAAGAGACGGCAAGAUCUCAAGGUCAUUGCGCAAGGAGAGCAUCUUAUCCGCAAGGAGUUGGCGGAUCUCGAGGCGGCAAGAGCGGAGACGGAGCCGAUGGUCGAAGAGGUCAAGAGCCAGAUGGAGUCGUCGAGAGUGGUGGGCGAGGAGAGAAUCAGACAGAAACGGAAGAGGAAGAUGCUUGUUGGGGGAGGGACGGAAGAGGAGAUGGAUCUCGACUGAGGAAAACUGUAUUUUCUGAUCGCCGUUCGUCUGACGAAUGUUAUGUGUUUACGAUACCCGGCGUUCUCAGGAGGCGUCAAAGGUCACAUGCAAUUGAAGUAUGGUUCGCGAACAUCUUUGCUUAUCCCGACAUGACCAUGCCUUCCGACAGCGGCUGCUUCGCACAGACAGGCAGCGGUUGUGAAGCAACAUUUCGACCGAGCAUCAUUCUGAACUUGCGUCGGUGGCUUAAGGAUUCGAGGCCAACGUUACGAUACCAUCAAAUUCGUCUGUCUUCCGAGUCUAGAAAGAUGCGUAGCUAACACAAACAAGUAUCCCAUCUUGUUGCGAAAAGCUUGCACGACCUCAUCUUCAUUACUGGCAUUGUCCCACUUUCCAUGCAAACAUGUCCCGGUACUCGAGUUCCUCAGGCCGCGGUGCUUGUCUCGGCCCUCUUUUUGGAGAUAGGCUGACUGAGGGAAGCACUUCCAAUUGACC